CAAGACAGGCGGAACUUUGCUGCUGGAGCCUCGCUCAGUCGGACCAGGAAGGAAGUGACCCAGCCGCUUCCGCUUCCCGGUCCAAAUAAAAAACAAAAAGUUGGCGGUAAAGAUGGAGGCUGAGUCGACUGAAACUUUGCGAAAUGACGAAACGAGUCAAGAAUACCGUGUUCAGGUGUCGACGAAGAAAGCGGUGGUCGAGCAGAUGAAUAAAUAUAAAGAAGUGUUGAAGAUGGUGAUGGAGGGGCAGGCGGCCGUUCCCGAGGAGACGAAGCGGCUCCUGCUGCAGGAGCUGCUGACGAACUUCGAGGCGGCGGUUCAGGACAACGUGCUGGUGAACGGACAGACUUGGGACGAAGCACCUGAGGAUGAGGAGGACGAGGCCAUCGCCCUGGAGACGCUGCUGGACGACACCAUCGUGGAAACCUCCAGGAGGCGCCGCAGGUUCCCCAAGGAGAUCCUGCCCCACGUGGUCCGCUCGCUCAAAGCCGAGCGCAAACUCAUGGGGCUGUAUGAGCAGGCAGUCAAACCUGAGCAGGUGACCAGAGACCCUGAGCAAGAGAGCAUCAUGAGCAGCCUGUCAGCAGCAGCUCCUGGCAUGGUGAAGCAGGCCAUCCAGGUCAUCAAGAGCUCAGAUGAUGAAGACAGGCGGCUGAAGAAGAGAGAGAAGAACAGAGUUGCGGCCCAGAGGAGCAGAAAGAGACAAACGCAGAGGGCCGAUCUCCUGCAUGAGACCUUUGAAUAUCUGCAGCGGAGGAACAGCCAGCUGAGGAGGGAGGUGGAUUCCCUGUCUGAGGAGCGGCGCCGGCUCUCCGAGGCUCUCAGGACCCACGAGCCCUUUUGUCCCAUCAUGCACUGCUCCUCAGCUUCCUCUGUGCCUCUGAACAAUGCCAUCUCUUGUCUCCAACCGGCCAGUGUACAGUAGAGUGAGGAUGCACUAGAGGGCGCUGUUUGACAUGGUUAUGGAUCCAGUGGUGAUUCAACAGGUGUGAGAUGCACCUCCAGAAGAGCAUCCUGAUGUGUAUUAUAGAUUAUAUUUAAUGAUUCCUAAAAUCCUUAAUUUAAGAAAAAGUAUUGAUACAGUCAUGGAAAAAUACUAAAAUAAGUCCUGUAUUCAAUAUGUCCUUUCAAUAAAAAUAUAUUAGUAUUAUGAGUAAAAUGUAGUUCAGUAUGAAAAGUUAGUUCCUUUGAGAGAUGUAAAUUAUUGCCGUAUUAACCCGUAUGAGGUAUUUUAAUGUAGCUCUAAUUGCUCCAUGCAGCCCAUUUCAUGUUUCGCAUGGAAAAGCUUUUAUUCUGAAAAGUAACCACCAACUCCAGCAGUCAGAUAAAUGUGAUGCAGGAAAAAAAAAAAAGUAUCAAGUUUUGUUUGCGAUUUCUUUUGGGUUCUUUUUUUCUUUUCUUCACUCUUAGCAACGACACUUUGGAGAAAACAAAGUGAACCAAUGUCGGAAAAACGAAGCGUAAAAAGGGCAUCAAACACCAGCACACCUCGCAACACAGGCUUUUCUGUGAUGAUGGGAAUGUUUCUCACUUCAAUAUUGGCACACCAAAAACAAAACAAAGUGCUGUCAGAUAUUAUGUCACAUCACUGCGGUCUCGUUUUGUUGAAACUACCUGAGGUCAUUUUCAUUCACCGCGCAUGCAGCUGGUGUUUCCCACAGCCACCGGCGGCUCAGAAAGCUCCAUAGAUGGUGUCUCUCAUUAGAAUAACACAACACGCUGGUGCGUCGCUGUGGUUUGGUGAAGUCGACGGACUCGACGCCGAAUGAAAGUCCCACUUCCCCACUGUGACCGUAUUCACAUCAGUUUUCGCAGUUGCAUAAGCCCCUCUGGUUUUCUCUUUCAUUUUUCCUUCCUCUUUCGCGUUGAAGCCCCAUCGGCGACGAUGAGGCGAAGAUAUUGAGGAAAGUGACGCAGGGGAGCAGUUUCCCUGAGCCCACCAGGAAGUGGAAUCGAUCCAGUUCACCGAGAUAGACUUCUGGGAACCGAGACAGAGGACGGUUCUCCAAAAACUUUACGUGACGUCUGGAGGAAUUCAGUAUGGCUUGACAAGAGCAUUAAGGAACGCAUGCUGCGCUGAGGUCUUGGGUGAACAGACGGCUCCUUGCAUGCAACAUCUGACUCACAGCAGGCUA